UACCUAUUGAUUAAAAAUUUAGUCUCCAGUCGUCAUUUUUUAGUGAAGAUGUUGUUAAUAUUACUAAUUUUUGGAGUGACGUCUGUGAUUUGUGAAGGUCCAACUAUUCAUCUUCCUGACGGAACAAUUGAGGGCCUUACUGCUUAUACUAUAAGAGACAAAACAGAAUUUUAUGCUUAUCUAGGCAUACCCUUUGCUGCUCCCCCCAUUGGACAGCUACGAAUGAAGCCUCCUCAGCCGGUAGAACCUUGGAAUGGGACUUUUGAAGCUAAAAACAAUAAGAAGAUUUGCUAUCAAAUUAGCUCAAAAGUGCAUUAUCCACAAACAGAGGACUGCCUUAUACUGAACGUCUAUACACCAAUUAAACCGGGACAGUCAGGAAAUUUGCCUGUUAUGGUAUCGAUUUAUGGUGGAAGCUUCACCCAUGGCUUUGCCUCAAUUGGAACUACAGGUCCUGAUUAUUUUUUGGAAGCAGGAAUUAUCGUUGUUACAUUUAAUUACAGAGUUGGACCAUUUGGAUUUUUGUCGACGGAUGACGAUACCAUUCCCGGAAAUAUGGGAGUAAAGGACCAAGUGUUUGCGCUGAAGUGGGUUCAAAAAAAUAUCCACUUGUUUGGUGGUGACCCAGAUAAAGUCACUAUUCAUGGACAAAGUGCUGGAGCAGCUUCUGUUACUUAUCAUAUUUUAAGUCCUGCUUCAGAAGGCUUGUUUAGAGGUGCAAUAGCAAACAGUGGUUCGGCGUUAAACAGUUGGGCUAACGUCAACGGAAGUGGUCUUCACGUAGCUAGAGGAAUUGCCAGAAUCAUCGAUCCGACAAUUAGCAAAACGGCUACACCGAAAGAGAUUUAUGAUUUACUGAUGAGAGUCGAUGCUGAAGAGAUACACAAAACAGGAAGUAAUUACGCAAUGUUCGCGCCAGUAAUUGAAGGCAAACAUGAAGGGGCGUUCAUUACCGAAUCGAUGUAUGAACUGUUGGAGAGUGGUCGGUUCAACAGGGUACCCUUGGUGAUUGGAUUCAACUCGGAGGAGUAUAUCAGUUUGGCUUCCAAUGAAGCAGGUUUAAGGUCCUCAGCCAAGACUUAUGAUAGUAAUCCAGCCACUCUGGUCAACCGAGAUAUGCGUGUCACGGAUGCGGAAACUUUAGAAAAAGUAGGAUCUGUUAUUAAAAAUGUUUAUACCAAAACAAGUGAUUUUGAAAAUCAAUUAGGAGAAGUAAUAAGGUUCCGUAGUGACGAUAUGUUCAUUCGAGGUGUUAUAAGAUACGCACAAAUGCAAGCCAAAUACGAAGACGUAUACCUGUACCAGUUUUCUUAUCAUGGUUUACUCGGAAGAAAUAAUCUCACAUAUGAAGGUUGUGGCAGAGUGGAGCAUGGAGAAGAUGGACGAUAUCUAUGGGCAGGUGCCGAUCUAACGAAGUAUCCAGCGUCAGAUGUUACGACUGUGGAACGAUAUGUUGGAUUUUUUACCAACUUUAUUAAAACGCUAAAUCCCACCCCGAAUAACGAAGAGCUAUUCCAAAAUGUUAUUUGGCCUCUUCUUACCGACAACAUUCACUUCUUGGACAUAGAUGAGGAUUUGUCAAUUAAGCAACACCCUAGAAAUAUGGUAUAUGAAAAAUGGGUGACUAUAUAUAGUAAAUAUGCUGUGGAGCCCCUGCUUACUUAUUGAUAAUUUAUAUAAAAUAAAUAUAUGAAUUCUUUUCUGCAAAUUUGU